CAAUCCAGCUUCGCGAACGAACGGCUGAAGUCGGCGGCGGCGCUCGAGAAGCGACGUGUCAAGGCAGCCAUGGCUAGCAAAACCUACACUAUCGGUAGUAUAUUAUCCAUUUUGGCAAUUAUUGUUGCCUAUUUCUAUAAAUGUAACCUAGAUGAGCAACUAAAAGAACACUUGGACAAUGUUCUGAAAAGCCUUCUAAAAGUAGAGAAGAAAUUCCAGAUUACACCAAAGACGAAGGUAGCGUUAGGCCUAGGCUCAUGCACAGACGCUUUCCAAGACGGUAUAGAGUUAUUGAAGCGCUCGGGGAUAGAACCCCCUACAGAGACCAACCACCACAGCUACAUAUCUUCCAAGGAAGGCCUAGCUCAGACGUUUGCUUAUUUCUUUCAGUAUGGAGCAGCGGCAGAACGUUAUGUGUCAGAUAAGGAACUUUUCAAAACACUUGUGCAGAAUUCAAAGGGGGCAAAUACACGUUGGGCGAUGGGAGGAAAUGCACCAGCAAUGGCCCGCAGAAUGGCCCUAGAAGGGUGUGACGUAUUGCUGGGUAGCAGAUUGUCAACGAAGCAAAUGAGAGACCUAGGAGGCGAUAUACAAUCUGUUGGGAAGCCACUGGAGGAUGAAGACGUGCAUAUAAUACUUGAGUAUGAUAAAGGAGCAAAAUGGGGGCCAUACACUUCACCACGAGCUAAUAGACUGAUUAUUCACAGUGAUGAGUCAAAUCCAACAUUGGAAGCUCUUGAGGAUUUUGCAGCAGAACUGAAGGCCUUCAAUCCCGCAGCUCUUGUUAUGGGCGGCCUACAAAUGAUGGAUAAUUAUCCAUUCAAGCAAGGUGAAAGGGAAGAACGAAUGAUGACACUACAGCGAAUGCUUGCAGACACGCCUAUGACGAUACGUAGUCAUUUUGAGAUGGCAUCUUUCACUGAUGAGCACCUCAUAGAAGAUGUACUUAAACACGUCAUUCCAUUUAUCGAUUCAAUUGGGACCAACGAGCAGGAACUGACUAACCUGUAUAGCAUCCUCAACUAUGGCAAUGUUACAUUAGUCACACAGUCUUACCCACGCGUGGCUUCUGUCCUCGAUCAAAUGCGGUCCAUCUACAAUAUACUCAGCAAGACCAAAGAGAGUGAUGGGCAACGUAAACUAACACGACUUCAUGUGCAUACACUUGCAUUCCAGGCAAUUCUUACCACGCAUAAAUCAGCGUGGAAGAAUACCAUGGCAGCCGCGGCAAAGUCCUCACUCACAGCAUACCGAUAUGUGUGUGGCACGAAGGAAAUUGACAUCGCGAAAUCCCGCAUCCUAAUGGAUGAGGGAUUUUCUGUGUCCAUGGAAAAAAACAGCAGGAAGGUAAUGUUUGAGGCAAACAGGCCGGUCUCGUGUUGGGACGAGAGUGAUUAUCAGAUAUGCAUUGCACCUGUUCUAGUUUGCACGGAGGUAAGACAGACAGCUGGUGGUGGGGAUAAUGUCUCUGCAGCAGGUCUGACCAUGCAGAUCUAGUAUAUUAAAGUGACUGUCACAUGACCUGUGCUUGUGCACGGAUCUAACUAUGGUUAUGUGCUCAGGCACUUGCUUAGUAUACCAUUUAGAGAUAGAGGGCCUAGACCCCUCAACCCCACAAUGGCUGGGGCUGAUGUACAUUUUAAUCCUAUGGCACUUGUAGGUGGCAAGAAACGGUACUCUCACAAUUAAAUUUAAAUGUAAUUCUAUGGCACUCUCACAAUUAAAUUUAAAUAUAAUUCUAUUUUUUAAAAUAUUUUCAAAAACCUCUGUAGAAUGGGGCUGGCUGGGAAUACACCAUAUGUGUCAGGGUGUUUCUGAUUGAUAUACACUUCUGGUGACAAGGGGAAACAGUGCCUUAAGCAUAUAUUUUUCACUACAUAAAUCAUAUUAAAUAGUAGUAGCAUGUUCUAUUUUCUCUAUGGUAGUAGCAAGUACACUCUACAUUACAUUAUGUAACCAAUUAUACCUCCUUGAUGUAGCUAAGUGAUUCUCAAUAAAUUAAGUUCCAUUAUGAGGCAUUAGGAAUGGAGUCAUGUGAACAAAAUCAUGUUAUUUUGGAUUGGAAGACAAGUACCUUAAGGUGAGCUUUUUUAUUCCUUGUUUUGCAUACUUAUUUUUUCAAAGAUCAUCGGAGGAGGGCAGAAUAAAAAUAAAAGUAAAAUUUUGUUUUCUUAUUUAGCACAUAGAUUUGCCAAAAACAUCUAGGCGG